AGUUAUCACCAGUAGCAAUAGAAGUACGGUUCACUUAAAUAAUAGUGCGAUAACAAUAAUUAAAAUUAAUAUAUAUAUUUACGUAACUUAGGUAAUUAAUUGUAAUCAUGACGCCUAGUGGAAUUCUGUUAUCAGUGACAAUAUUGCUGUCCAUAGUUUAUGAAUCGACCUGCAUCCACUGUUUCUACUGCAACAGCGCGAACAACUCGGCAUGCAUCGAUCCGUCACAGCUUGACGAUGAGCUGCGCGGGCGCAUCAUACCGAUCAUAAACUGUGACAUCGCCGUGCCCAGAGUCGCUGAGUACGAUUUCUUUUGCAGAAAGAUUGUGCAGACCAUCUACCACCCUCGCAAGGACUCGGAGAUCCGUGUGACCCGAGGAUGCGGCUGGGUGCGUCACGAGAAGCCGUGCUACCGCGCUGACAACAGCGACCACCUGGAGACCGUCUGUCAGUGCUUCACCGACCACUGUAACAGCGCUGACAACGUCAGCGCGUCCACUGCGACGGCGUUGUUUGUCGCUUUUGCAAUCUGUCUUUAUUACUAUCGUUAAUAUCGGAGGUCGUGGGUUUGAUUCUCGUCCAGGACGAAUGUGUGUGUUAAGAGCAUUUGUUCUGUGUCUGAGUGUAAUUUAUCACUUUAUUUAGAAAUAUAUAAGUAUAUCAGUUGUCUAGUACUCAUAAUACAAGCUUUGCUCGUUUUGAGGCUAGGUGGCUUUUUGUGAAAGUUGUGGAGUACUUGUAUUACAUGCAUUCAUAAUUAUAAAGAAAAUAAAUAAGAUUUUUCCACGU